GAUGAUGAUAAUGAUGUUGCAACUUAUCCACCGACAGUAUUAGAACCACAAGAAUUAUCUACUUUACAUAUGUUAAUUGAUUCAAAUUAUUAUUUCUUGCCGAAUUCUAAUGAAUGUCGUUUACUAGCCUAUCGUCUAUCAGAUGAAGGUGAUUGGCGAUCAUGGAGUAAUUUAUAUACAUCCGGUGUUUGGACUGGAGAUGAAUGUACCGCCACCACUACCACCACUAAGGAGGAGGAGGAGGAAGCGAAUCAUGGAAAGAAUGAAUUAAAAAGAACACCAAGUGGUACAAGAAAUUCAAAUCCUGUGAAUAAUACUACUGAUACAGAUGAACCAAUUACGGAUAGUGUUAAUGUUGCUUUAACUCGUGCACAACACCUGGAAGAGAAAGAACGUCGACGUUUGUUAUCGAAUAAAUUUAAUUUUAGUGAAUUUUGUACAGAUUUAUGGGGUUAUAUUGAUCCAGUGGAAUUAUCUCAUAUGUAUAAAAUGCUUAAAGAUAUGAUGAUGACGAUGACAACGAUGACCAAUGCAAUGGAAUGGCCUCAAUUCACAAAUGAGAAUGAUAUGAUUGAUUUGAAUCGAUUUGAAUGUUGGCCAGCUAGUCCAUAUCAAUUGUUAAAUUUAUUACGAUUAACACUUUGUUAUUUUGAAUCGAAAAUUCCACUAGCAUUUUACACUCCAGCUUGGCGAGUGCAUCGUACCAAUUGGAUUAAAGAUGUAUUACAUUCGAAAUCUCCAUCGGAUUUAGCCUUUGUAUUGGCCAGAUUAGAAGCAUCAAUUCGUUCUGUGUGUUUUCAACGUGUCUGGUUUAAUUCACUUGGUCAUUUAACUUUGGAACGUAUGACAGCUUCUCAAAGAGAAGAAGAUAAACGUUUAAGACAGUUUGAUCGUUUAAAUUCAGCUGCUGGUGGUGUUGCCGGUAGUACUGUGAAUGCAGCAUAUCUACCGGCAAAUCUUAUACGUACAAAAACUCCUCGUCCGGUUAGACAUACAGUGUGGAAGACACGAGGUGAAGAAUAUCGUCGUCUAGGUGGUGAUGGUUGGAUGUGGCUAAGUGCAACUCGUAGUAAUGCAGGUCGAAUGGCUGAACAUGCUCUACUUAUACAUCCUUCAAUAUCCUCUAGUCGUCAGUCGGAAUCGACAGUUCCUCCUCCUGCUCCUCCAUCAGGCAGUCGUUCAUCAGCAGCUCAUCGUCGUGGUAAUCUACGUGGUCUUCAACAUGGAAUUGGCUGGGGUGUUUGUCCGGAAUAUUUACAAGAUCAAAUACCUAUUAAACCACCAAAAGCAAGUGAAUGUCGUGGACAUGUACUACAUCCAAUUACUGGUAUACCAUUAUAUUUAAAUCCUAAACGAAAUCCUUAUAUUCUCUCACCGGAUAUAUUACGUAAUCUAAAUGAACAAGCCAUCCGAUCAUCAUUGUCAACAAACAACAGCAAUAGUCAAUUAAAUUCUUCUUCAUCUCAUGUUGAUGAAGAUGUGAAAAAAGUCGAUCCAGUUGACAGUGAUCCUAUGAUCAUUGUAAAUAAAACAGAAAAUGAUGAUCUAAAGAAUGAUCCUGUUCAGAAAAUCGAUACCGAUCCGCCUGAAAAUGUAUCGCAUGAAAAUUUGAAUCAAUCCGAAUUGAAAAUUGAACAACACACCGAUUCAGUUUCAAAUCAAACUUCAUCUAUCAAUAAUAAUAAUAAUAAUAAUAAUAAUAAUAAUAAUAAUAAUAAUAAUAAUAAUAAUAAUAAUGAUCACAAUGAUAAUAAAACUGAUGAAGACUAUAAGAAUCCUGUGUUGAAUAUUUCCUAUGUAAGUUUUGUUUCUCUCUAUAUAUAA